UGCCUCACUCCUCACCAAUGCCGUAAUUGCAUUUGUAUGGCCCUUCAUUCAUUUUUUUCAUCAACAUCACAACACAGCAUAACAAACAAAAACAACAAUAUCAAAAAAUUUAACUGAAUCUAAUCCCAAAGUCUCCAAAAUUGGCUUGUGACAUUCACCAACCUCAUCACAACCAUGGCAAAUGAUGCAGCUCUAAGAGCCUGUCUACUUUGGCUGGCAGUAGUUAUAUUAGCAGUUGGUAUAUGCACACACUCAUUCAAGAAGAUGCUGACUACAUAUGUGUUGGGUCUUGUUGGAAUUUCUUGUCUUCUUUUACCUGAUUGGGAUUAUUUCAACCGUGAUAUUUCUCGUUGGCCUUAUCCUGUUACUGUUGAGGAAAGAACAGAAGCUGCUUUUCUUUAUGGAUCUGGAUUUUCAAGGUUUACAAAGUCUCCUUUGAGGGUGAUUACUUAUAGCUUAAUUUAUGGAUAUGCUAUUUGCAAAUGGUGGGAGUAUGUAUCUGGUUAAUUGUACAAGUUUUAUGGUAGUAAUAGCUUUUUUUUUUAAUCUCAAUUUGUUUAACUUGGAGUGAUCCAUAAACUGCUAGAGUGAUUGUUUUGUUGACUAGGUACUUCAAUUUUCAGUAGAAAAAUCAAAGGGAUAGAGAAAAUGAGAUCAUCCCACUUUUCAUAUGUGUAUCAAGCUAAUGAUUGAUGAGUUUUGAUUUGCACAUUCUUAA